CCGUCGGUGUGGUCACGUGUGUUUUGAAAAGUUUGCAUGGAUGGAAAAGAGCAGGAGCCUCGUUGCUUUCAAAUGCGAUUUUGAAGCAAAACGAGUUUAACGUCGUGACUUGCCGCAUUUAUACGUUUGAACGAACCCUCCUUUAGUCCCCGCUGUUGGUUUAUUUCCUCAUCUGCUAGCUUCGGGUGAAGUUGCCUGCCUUCAUUUGGCUAACAUUAGCUCGUGUCAGUGCUGUGGACGGUCGGGUGUCGCAUCAGGACUUUACCUGUUCCGUUUUAAACGCUCGUGCCGUUAGUUUCAGCAGACUUGGUUUACUGUAGGUCAUCUAGCUCUAUAAGUGUAAUUCAAAAUGGUGUUUUUCACUUGCAACGCGUGCGGUGAAUCGUUGAAAAAAGCUCAGGUUGAUAAACACGUGAACAUGUGCUGGGGCUGCCAGGUGCUGUCCUGUAUCGACUGUGGAAAAGAUUUCUGGGGUGAUGACUACAAGAACCACAAUAAAUGCAUCAGUGAAGAUCAGAAGUAUGGAGGCAAAGGCUACGAGGCUAAGGCAAACAAAGGAGACAUGAAACAGCAGCAGUGGAUCCAGAGAAUCCACGAUGCCAUGAAUAAACCUGGGGUCAGUGCAAAGCUGAAGGAUGUGCUCAGACAAGUCAGUACGUAUGAUAACGUCCCGAGAAAGAGGGCCAAGUUUCAGAACUGGAUGAGAAACAGUCUUAAAAUAGCCAACACCAGCCUUCACGAUGAAGUCUGGGACAUCUUUGCUGCAGCUGACAAUGUGCCGGAGGUCCCCCAGCAAACCAAAAAAGAUGAACAGACAGUGGCUGAAGUCAAAGUGGAUACUAAUGAAAAUGAAAAGCAAAACGGCCAGCCAAAUGUUGAGAAGAAGAAACUAAACAAACGGGAGCGUAAAGAGGCUCGUCAACAGAAGAACGGGAAAGCUUUGAAAGGUGCAGAAAAAACAGUCACACAAGAGCCAGAGGAAGAGCAGACAGGCAAGAAGAAAAAAAAGGACAGAAAGAGAAAGCACAACUGUGAAGAGGACGGAGAUGAAGAGCAGAAUGGGCACAGCGCUGAAAAUGAGGCAUCCAGCAAGAAAACAAAGACUGAUGAAACGGCAGAGGCUGCUGAUAUAGACAUGUCAGAGGAGACUGAGGAUCAAACAGCCUCCAAAGGCAAAUUCAACUGGAAGGGGAAUAUCAAGGCAGUACUGAGAGACUCACCUGACCAGGAGCUGCCAGUGAAGAAACUAAGGAAGAAGGUUUUGGCAGCUUACUACUCUUUCACUGGUGAUGGAAAUUUUAAAACAGAGGAGGAGGUUCUAGUACUGUUCAACAAGAAGAUCAACAACAAUCCUAAAUUUAGAGUUCUGAAAGACAGAGUUAGACUUGUAAAGUAGAUUUGUUUGUCUCACCCGUCCCACAUGAAAUGUGUGUUGUUCAUAGACUUUUGAAAUGUAAAGGCCAUAAUGUUGUCUGUCAUCCUCCCUUGGAUGUUUUUAUACAGAUGACAUAAUCUCAAAGAUUAAACCAUUUU